CCAAGAUCACAGGUCCAACGUCGCACGAGUGCGGGUAUCUGAUCUUCAAUGGGAAAUGGUUCGCGCUGAGAAGGAGGAUCAGGGCUACGACAAGGAGUCGUACGAAUACUCUUACAGCCUCCCCAAGGCUCAGACGUCACACGACGCCGAAAGGUGAUGAAGAAGAAGCCCAGCACCUACCUCCUUAAGCUAGAAGGUCCUUUCUCCACCCCUAAGGAUGUCAAGAUAGCAUGCGGUACUUUUUCCGUGCCACUCUCGGGAUUCACCGGCACCAACAACAACGGAGCCCCUGCCUCUUUCUGCAAGGUUGACGGAGCGACCAAGAAGACGAUCCUCGAUCACUUUUCCGAUAUUGAAUCAACCUUCUAGCCCAUAUUCAUCCGCUACAAAAAGGCGGAGAAGGCACUUCCCACCACCUUCAUGCAUCCCACCCUUGGGUCCGAGGCUACCUUGCCCCAUCACCGACCGAGCUUCGAGUCCAACCUCGAGUUUGAUCAACGUCUCUUCCCAACCCAGGACCAGUACCCAGUCUGUUACUUCCUCUGCAGCACCCUUGUGAACCCUUCCGUCCUGGAGAACCUGAUUAGGAUUGGAGAGCCCGUCUAUAGUGCUGCAAGGGUUCGUGGUGACAAGUACAAUGCCCUGGUGGAUGCGCCGGCUUACAAGACAGGUUGCGUAGAGGGUCAUGCCUUCCUCAAUACGAACAAAGAUCAGGAGGAUGCACUACAAUGCUACGAAACUGACAUCUACGAGGUUGGCCAGUGCAUGAUAGAAUUAGAAGGACAGAAGGAGGAGAAGGUCAGGGGACUCACACUUACGUUCCGAUUCAUCGGGGAUACGGAUCCUUGAUAUGGGUGGGAGAGUUCAAGGACCCAAGCCCGCGGAUAGGGAAGAUAACGAAGAGCAUGUCACCAUUGUUAUGUUGACGGUAGAAGACUGUCAAAUAGUGGUGCUGACACAGGGUGGAAGCUCUCAGAGGCCUACUGCAGUCAGGUGUAAGAUCAUGAAUUACUGAAAUCUACUCCUCCCU